GAUAACUGAAAAUCUCGAAAGUAGUUACAUUUUAACUGUCAAAGUUCUAUAUAAAAAUGUAUUUUAAUAAUAUUUGACUGAUUUUCUUAACAUCUGAGAAUUUCUAUUAUUCCUUCCGGUCCUAUUUGCCUUGAGAAAUGACUCAAAAUGAAAGUGAGUCCCUCGCUGCACUGGAACAUUUGAUGGAGGAGUUCUUCAGUCACACAGUGAGCAACUCCAGGAAACAUGAGAUUGAAGUGCAACUCAACUCGUUCAGUUCCCAGCUGGACUCUUGGAAGUUAUGUGUGUACUUCGUUACACACACAUCUAGUCAGUAUGUCUCCAUGUAUGCAUUAACUACGAUUGAGUCUGUGAUAAAUAGGCAAUGGGUCAGUUUAGAAUGGGAGCAUCGAGUGCAACUGAAGAGUGCAUUGUACAACUACCUAAUAGAACAUGACACAACAGCCCCCAAUUUUAUAAGGAACAAGUUGGUUAAGCUUAUGGUGGAUAUAGCUAGAUUCGAUUGGCCACAUUUUUAUCCAGAAUUCUUUACUAAUAUUAUUCAACUAUUGCAAUCACAAAAUGGUCAGUUGUUGGGGCUGAUAAUGCUGAGGACCGCAAGUGAAGAACUGAUGUGCCCGAGGCCAGAUCUGAGCUCGUUUCGUAAAGAGGAAUUGACAAGACUGGUGCAACAACACAUUCCCCAAGUAUUCCAAAUAUUGACUUCCAUUUUAGACAGUUUAGGUAAUAAACGGCGUCAGAAUGCGGCAACGGCGACGCCUCCUCCGUCGCCCACGCAUCCCAGUUCAGCGCCAAACUUGGCCCAGCAAAUUUCUGCAGCUUCUUUCAGACCCGACAGCAAAGCCAUCACAAGGGAGGCCCUAUCCACCGUUCAGCACUUGUUCUCGUGGGCCAAUCUCAUUCAGAUUCCAGUACAAAUGAUCACGACCAUCUUCAACUUUACCAACGUUUCAAGCUACGCUCAGGAUGAUGACGAUAUGUGUGUACUAGCCAUGUCUACUUUGAACGAACUGCUAUACAGGAAAUGCGUACCUCCCGGAAGCCAAGAACUGUUUAUACAAUUGUAUCAUCACAUCGUUCAAUUGCUGAGGGACAUUUCCUGUCCGUCGACUGGUAAAUUGGACACUUUAGGACCAGAUUUCAUGGAAAAAUUAUCUGAAUUAUUAUCCUUGCUAAUUGAGCAACAUUUGUGGCGAUUAGAGAGCGAACCCGGAUUUUCAGCAGUCGAUUUCUUGGGAUUGCUAUUCCAACUAUCUAUGCAACUGCCUUCGGUGAAUUGUUACUUGCGUUGUCUUGCCGUUUGGGCCUCAUUCAUCAAGCAAAUCAAACCCCAAAAUGCACAAAGGUAUUCAGAAGCGCUGCUUGGAUUGGUCAUAGCUGUACUCAAUAAAAUGCAAUUCACAUGCAACAUGAACCAAUUGAAGGAAAUUAGCAACGACGAUCAAAACGAUAAUAAUGAGACUGAGUGGCAAGUUUUUCUUAAGACUUCUAUAGAAAUUAUUGCGAUGAUCGCCGAGUUCGCUCCAAUUGAAACCUUCACACGAGUCUUAGCACCAUGGAAAACAGCGAACGACGUGUUCUGUAUGUUGGAGAACGCCGUGGAUAUAAGAAACUGUAGUUUGAAACUGGAGUUUUCGGAAACUGUAAGACUGCAAUGUAUUCUUAAAGAUUUGACGUCGCUUACGCAAACGUUGGCUAGACUAUCGUCGAUAUUUUUAGAUCCUGAUAGCGAAUAUUAUCAACAAGCAUCACCGAUUAUCGAUAAUUUACUUAUGAAAUUGAUACAAAGUGCUUCGUUAGCUACGAACGCUAGGUUUUACCACUUGAAGAUGAACGAUAUGAAAUUAGUCAAUGAUUUCACUGAAGUGCAUGGACAAAUAUUGGCUGCACUGAAAACAUGGUGGUUAUGGCUGAACACUAACGGUGAGAUGAAGGUGAAAGAACUGAACUCGCUGAUGGAUAUAACCGUGCCCAUUUUGCGCUCCGCCAACCACGAACCACCAAAGGUGACGCACGGAGCCGCCCACCUUUUGCUGAGCAUCACCGACACGAUGUUUCCGCCCACGCUGAUCGUGCUGCCAUCUGUGGUUGAACUAUUGCAAAUGUGUCCGACUAUUAAGUAUCCCGAUAAACAGUGCAAAGAGGUUGUCAUGUGUGCUUUUACAAACUUGCUGGUGAAGCCGUGGGGUGAAUUGUCGCAGCAAGAUUUGCAGAAGAGGAACCAGAUGAUCGUGCAGUUCUUCGAAAGCAUCACGAAGGAUUUCAAAGAAAUCAAUGCUACGACUGAUGCGAGACGAGUUAAAGAUGUAGUAGAAACUGUCUUACCGUGUUUGUCGAGCGUCGUAAACUACUCAAAACAUUUUCCUUUAAACUCAAAGAAAACGCUGUAUUCCGCGAUUAAAUCCACUAUAGAGCAAGCUUUAAUCGUUUUACCAAUUUACUGCAAAUACCCGAACGUAAACGAGCAUCUCUUAAUAUUCUUCUUAAACGUUUUGGGUGUUUUACAACAACAUAUGGGAGUGGUUUUGGUGAAACACGCCAUGGAAGUAUUCUUGGAUGUUGCAGUUAGUGAUCAACAGCGGAAGGAUUAUUCCGGCUUGGAUAAGAUGCUGCAAAUUUUCCAGCUGGUUGUGGAGGCGCCGGGCAACAACUACAAAAAUUUCCUUCCCGGCAUCCUCAGUCUCUGUUUAGACAACGUUUUCCCCACAUUGAUCGUGGAGGCGAACGAGCAACCGGAUUGCAUAAUAGCCUUGAUAAAUCUCCUUCACAGUAUUCUUUUACACAGAUGGAAUUACUUCUACGUUUCGCAAAUUCGCUUAGGGAAUUCGCCGGGUUGCAGUGACGCUGACCCGAGUCCGGAUAGCAUUCAGCAACCUGAGCUUCUGCUGAAACUGCUGCAAGUCUUCGGGCAAUCCCUUCUUCAACCGGACAUCAACACCUUCCGAACGAGUUUAGCUGCUUUGGAGAAUCUCAACGGCAAAUGGAAGCUGUAUCAUAAAGGUUUAUUCAGAGAUCAUCUCCUGAGCCAAUUCCUCACGGUGUUACUGCAGACAUUACUGGACAAAUCGCAUAACCUUCUGACCGAUGACAUACUGUACGCCCUUUACAAUAUGUCGGCUGUGAACUUUCAAGGAUUCUUCACCACAUUCCUUCAGCAAUUUCUGCAGAACUUGGAAGGAUUGUCGGCGCAGCAGAAGGAUAACUUACGAAACAAUUUCGCCCAGGAGACGGAUACGCCUACAUUCGUGCAUCAUCUGCAGAGGUUCAUCAACGACACUCGGUGUUUCAGGUUGUGCAACUCGAGUUUGCCCGCCGGAUCAGUGGUACUUUAGUGACAGAGUUUAUUCGAAAGAUAAUCAAAGCUAAUUUUAUACGUGUAUAAACAAGAAAUUUUUAAAAGAAAAGAAAGUAUUCGUUUUUCGUACACAUUUAAUUCAUUCAUGCUCAAAAUUCUUGACAUUUUCAUUUCGUACAAUUAGUGUUCAUGAUUUAGUUACGUUUUUUUUUAAUUAUUUUAAA